AAGAGUGUGAAGUAAAGGAGCUGCGACUGGACCGUGAAAACCUUAGGCUUAGAACUGAGAAAAGUUCAAAACAAGAGAAACGGGACGUUCCUGCGAUACAACUCGUAAGACCUGUGGAAGUUUCUCACGGAGCACCGGAAGACCUGCGAAACCGGGGGCGUGUGGAUCUCAGCAGGAGCGCGCGCGGCCUUACCUGCUCUUCCUGCUGGGGAGGAGCUGCCGGUCUGACGCCCGCCGAUCGCGCGCUCGAAGGGAGUGCCGCACUGCACCGCGCGCACCUGCACCUGCACCUGCACAGCCCGACGCCGGCAUGGGGAGAGGAGCUGCGAGAGAGGACUUCGAGUGGGUCUACGACGACCAGCCGCACACGUCCAGGAGGAGAGAGAUCUUGGCAAAGCAUCCAGAGAUCAAGUCCUUGAUGGGGCAUGAUCCUCAUCUCAAGUGGGUUGUUUCAGGGAUGGUUCUGGCUCAGCUUCUGGCCUGCUACUUGGUGCAGGACCUCUCCUGGAAGUGGCUUAUCUUCUGGGCAUACGCCUUUGGUGGAUGCGUCAACCACUCACUCACACUGGCCAUCCAUGAUAUCUCGCACAACGUGGCUUUUGGCAACAAGCAGGCGCGCUGGAACCGCUGGUUCGCCAUAUUUGCCAACCUGCCCAUCGGACUGCCCUACUCUGCCUCCUUCAAGAAGUACCACAUUGACCACCACCGCUACCUGGGCGGAGAUGGGCUGGAUGUGGACGUGCCCACUGACAUCGAAGGCUGGUUCUUCUGCACACCGCUGCGCAAGCUGCUCUGGCUCUUUCUCCAGCCCUUCUUCUAUGCCCUGCGGCCCCUAGUGGUCAACCCCAAGCCCGUGUCCAGCCUGGAGGCUCUCAAUGCAGUCGUGCAGUUUGUGGCAGACUUUGUCCUCUUCUACCUCUGGGGUCUUAAGCCCAUUGUGUACCUGAUUGCCGGCUCCAUCCUCUGCAUGGGCCUGCACCCCAUCUCUGGGCACUUCAUCGCAGAGCACUACAUGUUUCUGAAGGGCCAUGAGACGUACUCCUACUAUGGUCCCCUGAACCUCAUCACCUUCAAUGUGGGCUACCACAUGGAGCACCAUGAUUUUCCCAGCAUACCUGGAAGCAAGCUGCCUCUGGUGAAGAAGAUUGCGGCGGAGUAUUAUGACACCCUGCCACAGCACACCUCAUGGAUCCGUGUGUUGUGGGACUUCGUGUUUGACGACAGCAUCGGCCCGUACGCUCGCAUCAAGCGCCAGUACAAGGUGGUGAAACAGCGCUGAGCCGGGAAGUCAUGAGGGGCAGGGUCUGUGCCAACAGCCCUGGACCCCUUCUACAGCUGCGCUGCUCCAUCAAUGAUCACUUUCCUUGGUUUCCACUCAGGUUAAACAGAUGAUCCAUUUGGAAGAUAGACGGGUCUUUGAGGGAUAUUGACAGGUUCCGCUCUCGUUCACGUGUUAAUGCUCAGCAAGACCCCUUAAGUUCAUUUCAUUAGCUAAAAACUGUCCACGUCAACUUGUUGUGCACAAGAACUGAAAGACAAUGUCUAGCUGUUAGAAGUUGUUAGAUGAACCAAAUCAUUGGCUGAAACAGUUUGUCAGGUCCUUACUUUUGAAAAGAUUAGAGAUACUGACAAACUCAACUGAGAUCCCUGUUGGACGUCUGUGUUUAUGCCAUUGGUGUGAUUCCGGUGCAAGGGUGACAAGUUGUGUCUCACCAGAACUGCGGGGUUUUACACACUUUGUCUCACCUGAUUUACCAGAGUUACCAAUUAGAUUUAAAGGAAAAAAAUAUAUAUAUAUACCUUCACUUGUCUUUUGCAUGUAAACUUGUGCUCCUCCUUGAAAAGUGGCCCUUGUAGUUCUAUUACUUUAAAGAGGAAUUAACUAAGAGAUUGAUUCUGGAAAAUUACCUUCGUAACUUGUAUACCUCUGAAGAUGUGGUUUGCCCACCUGUAGUAAAGUAAAAUUACCCAUGAGUUCGGUACGGCUGAGGAGAAUGAUCAUUGCAGCAACAAAGGCAGUUUCUCCAGGGACGCCGAUAUUUUUCUGUCCCACAAUGUAGGACCAGUGUUGUCAGUACAAGGACUGUGUUACCCGAGUUCUCCACUAUUGCACCACCAGUCUCCUUGUGAAAAUAUUUAUUGUUGUUCUUAUUGUUUAAAACAUUUGAGUUCCUAAAAAAAAAAAAAUGAAUUUGGAACUGAUUUUUUUGUCUUUGAACGAUACCCUGUCUGUUUAUUCUUGCUGCUGUUUUUCUUAUUAUGAGACCAGAAACGUGUAAAUAAAACAAC